GACCGCCCUUUUCCCAAAUUCUUACGGUAUUUACCCAAACGGGAACCGUACAUACCUUCACCAGUUUCUAUCUCUCUCUCUAUAUAUAUUUACUUGAACCCUUUUACCAUCAACAUUAAUUGAAACCAAUUAAGGAAUACACAUGGCACCAAAAACCCAUCUUUCAAUUUUCUGUCUUCUCCUAAUUGACUUAGUUUUAACAGCAAAUUGUGAUUCUUUUCUUGGAGUAAACUAUGGGGAGGUAGCAGAUAAUCUGCCACCGCCUGAAGCGACUGCUAAACUUCUUAAAACGACAUCGUUUUCAAAGGUAAGGCUAUAUGGAGCGGACCCCACAAUCAUAAAGGCACUUGCUAAUACUGGAAUUGGUAUUGUUAUUGGAGCUGCUAAUGGUGAUAUUCCUGCUCUUGCUUCUGAUCCGAGUCAUGCCACUCAGUGGGUUAACUCGAAUGUAUUGGCUUAUUAUCCUGCUAGCAAGAUUAUUCUUAUUACUGUGGGUAAUGAGGUUGUUCUUUCAGGAGAUCAGAACUUGAUUUCUCAGUUAGUGCCAGCAAUGCAGAAUAUUCAAGAUGCUCUUAAUGCAGCACAAUUAGGAGGUAAAAUUAAGGUCUCAACUGUCCAUGCUAUGGCAGUUUUGGGUCAAUCCGACCCACCAUCAUCUGGAGCAUUCAACUCAGCAUAUACAGACAUUAUGAAACAGUUACUUGACUUUCAAAGACAAAAUGAUUCACCCUUGACUAUCAACCCGUAUCCGUUUUUCGCUUACCAAAGCGAUCCGAGGCCCGAAACUCUUGCAUUUUGCUUGUUUCAACCCAAUGCGGGUCGGGUUGACCCAGGAACAAAUAUCAAGUACAUGAACAUGUUUGAUGCCCAGGUUGAUGCGGUGCGAUCCGCCCUUAAUGCAAUGGGUUACAAGGACAUAGAGAUAAUGGUGGCUGAGACUGGAUGGCCUUACCAUGGGGACAGCAAUGAAGUUGGUCCUAGUAUGCAAAAUGCAAAGGCUUUUAAUGGAGGCCUCAUUUCACAUCUUAGAUCCAUGGUUGGUACCCCUCUCAUGCCUGGGAAAUCUAUAGAUACUUACAUUUUUGCUCUCUAUGAUGAGGAUCUCAAGCCUGGCCCGACCUCCGAAAGAUCAUUUGGCCUUUUCAAGCCCGACUUGUCGAUGACUUAUGAUGUUGGUCUCGAAAAGAGCAGCACACAGGCUCCAGCAACCACUCCAUCAAAAAGUCCGGCGACUCCUUCAGAAAGUCCAGCUCCGACAAAGGCCCCAUCAGCUGCCUCGACGACUCCAGCUCCAACAACGGCCCCAUCAGUUCCUUCAACGACUCCAACGACAGAAUCAGCAGGGACCCCUCCCUCGAAACCUUCACAGCAAACAUGGUGUGUGCCAAAGAAAAACGUUUCAGAUGCCCAAUUGAAGGCCAAUCUUGACUAUGUUUGUGGACAAGGCAUCGACUGCAGCAAAAUCCAAUCUGGUGGGCCGUGUUUUGACCCCAACACGGUGGCUUCGCACGCGGCUUAUGCAAUGAAUCUGUUCUAUCAGGCUGCUGGCAGGACUCCUGGGAGCUGUGAUUUCUCAAAGACAGCAACAGUUACUUCCACAAAUCCUAGUUAUGGUUCUUGUGUAUAUCCUGGUGAUGGGAAUAAGAAAGUAUCUGUAGGAGUUGGCCAAAACAAAGAUAGUAGUGCUACUAACCCGAGACUCAAUUUUAGUAUGCAUUGGUUUUGGUGGUGGUGUAUUUGUGUCCUCUUUCUUCGUUAAAUCGUAAAGCUCACUAUUCUUUCGCGUUGGCGUGGUGCUCUCUCCUUCUCUCCGAACUUCGCCUUGCAACUUGUAGCGUCUCUUUAGCCCUCGUCACACCCUGGAGAAGAAUUUCCUGCAAAUGUGACUAAACUAAGUAUAAAGAAUUUCAAGCAUGUAGUUAUCAUAUGAGUUAUGUACUUAUUUAUAAAUUUUUCACCGUUAUGAAAUACCUGCAUUAAAUUGUGAUAUAUAGUAUGAAAAAAUAUCACUAUCAAUAACAAGUAUAAUGAAACGGAGGUAGUAUGUAUUUGUAGAAGUUGUUUGUUGUAAAUUAUGGCCAAGCUUUAUCCUUCUUUGAAAGUGGACAAAUGUCCACUUUAAAGAGUGUUUUGGUAGAAAUUUUGUGGAAGUUUAUUCAUUUAUAUGGAUGUUUAACCACUUUGGGGUCUACAUGUGUCAUGGAAUGUUAUUGGAUCAUAAAAUGUAUUUUUGGCUUGAGUAGUUGAUU